GUUCACCGAAGACGUGGGGGCCUGGCCGGGAGAAGGGCUUGUUGAUGGAGAAAAUUGAUGGGUUUGUGGUGGUUAGGGAUCCACUGCGCCGUCAUGGUGUGCAUGAGGUUUGUGAGCUUGAAGGUGGUUCUGCACUUCUGGAACAUGAUUUCCACUUCGUUUGCUUCUGGUUUCACCAACCUUUCCAUGGUGGUUUGGUACUGAACUAGAGAAACAGAGAAAGGUUCUUUGCUUUGUGUUCUUACUUGUUAUUCUUGCUCUUUCUGUUCUGACUUUGGAUUUAUCAAAUCAAUUUAUUAUGGAUGAAAAUAGUUGCUUGCUGGAAGGGUGCUGUUCUUUCUUUCCUUUGAAUCAUUUCCCUAUUUUUUUUUAUUGAUGUUUACAAUUUCUUUGUUAAUUGAUUAUGAUUAUUAGGGUGACAAGGUGCUAAUUAAUAUAUGGUUGUGUAGCAUGCUAGUUUGUUGGGUUGUGACUUUGACAGGGAGAAUGCUAACAUUGACAAUGAGGGAAUGGAGAAGGAUGUGAAUUAGUCUCCAACUAAUGUUAAGCAUCCUUGCAAAUUUCCUUUUUAAAAUUUGUUAGGAGGUUAAUCUGAUUGCUACUGUCUACUGCUUGACAUAAGUGCAUAAGCUUGAAAUGUAUCUCAUUUUUCAUGUUCUUGUGAAUGUAUCUUUGAUGGUUAGCUUGUAUUUCAAGUUUUUGCUUUUUUUCAAAGUCCCUUUUGGCAUCUAAACAAACUUGGUUCUUGUUGAAAGAAUUUAAUCUGAUCAAAUAAUUAUGCUCAUUUAUAUAUUUGGAGUUGAUUUCACAUUAAAGGAAUUAAAGCCAUUGAGAGUGAAUCAGAGAUAUAGCUUCAGGGAUCAACAGUAUAAUGGUUAAUCCUUCAUUACACUUCUUAGUUUCUAAUUCAAAUAUAUAUAAUUUUCUUUCAUCUGUUUGAGUUGUUCAUACGUUAAUUAUGAACUAUUCCCAUGUGGUUAUGUGUUUCAAUCAAUAAAAUCUCUGUUUUCAUUGGUGUACAAACUUGCCCAGGCUCCACAAAAUUCUUGGCUCCGCCACUGGUUGCAGGUGGUGAACUGAAGGCAGCACUAAGAACCAGAGGGUGGAGCGAAGCAGACGGAAGAGGACGUUGCCUGCGGCGAGAUGUUUGCCUGAGUGCUUUCUCCCUCUCCCUCUCCCUCUGCUUUCAUUCUUGUUUCUCUUCUCAUCCGCGUGUGGUGCUUCUCUUCCAUAGCUACCAGCCACCUCUACCUGCUGCAGGAAGCUACAAGAGGCUAUCCAUUUCAUUCCCUAUGAAGUUUACUUGUUUGAGUAAAGGGGAUGGCUUUCACUUUCCACCUUGUCACAUGCUGGAAUUUUGUGGGAUUAGGAUCUUAUUGGAUUGCCCACUAGAUCUUUCUGCUCUCAUAGCCUUCUCCCCUGUUCCUAAUGCUUCGGAUGUCUCGUCAUUUGAAGAAAGCAACAACACUGAGGCCAAUAGUUUUCUGAAUUCAGUGGCUCAGUCUCAAAAGAGACAGAAAAUUGACAAGCCCCUUGAUGGUAAAAGCUUGCUUUUCGCAGAACCUUGGUACAAGACUGUUAAUAAUUUGCACCUAUGGAAUGCCUCUUUCAUUGAUGUUAUAUUAAUCUCCAGUCCUAUGGGCAUUAUGGGAUUGCCCUUUCUUACUAGAACGAAGGGUUUCUCGGCUAAGAUCUAUGUAACGGAAGCAUCAGCCAGAUUAGGCCAACUUAUGAUGGAGGAACUUGUAUCAAUGCAUGGUGAGUUUAGGCAGUUUUAUGGACCGGGGGAAUCUAAUUUCCCUCCAUGGCUGAAGCAGGAAGAACUUGAAAUGCUUCCUUCGAUAUUGAGAGAGAUAAUCUCGGGAAAAGAUGGAGGAGAGCUGGGUGGUUGGAUGCCCUUGUACAGUGCUGCAGAUGUGAAGGACUGUUUAUUAAAGAUUCACACACUUAAAUAUGCCGAGGAAGCCUGCUACAAUGGUACGUUGGUUAUAAAAGCAUUCAGCUCUGGUGUAGAAAUAGGCAGUUGUAAUUGGAUUAUGAAUGGUCCAAAGGGAGAUAUUGCUUAUCUUUCAAGCUCCAGCUUUUUUUCUGCUCAUGCAAUGACAUUCGAUUACCGCAGUCUACAGGGGAGUUGUACAUUAAUUUAUUCAGAUUUCUCAGCCUUGAGUGAUGUACAAGAGGUUGAGGCUGGGGAUAGUUACUCUAUUCGAACUGCUGAUGCAUUAUUACCCCAGAGUGUUCAAGAUUUGGACGAGUUCAACCUUAACUCCGAUGAGAAUUCAGAGGAAAAGGAAAAACUGGUUUUCAUAUGCUCAUGUGCUAUAGAGUGUGUCAAAAUUGGUGGUUCAGUUCUUGUUCCUGUCAACCGACUUGGAACUAUCUUGCAGCUUUUGGAGGAAAUUACAACCUCACUUGAAGCUUUGGCUAUGAAGGUUCCAGUUUAUAUAAUUUCUUCCGUUGCUGAAGAAUUGCUGGCAUUGCUUAACGUCAUACCAGAGUGGCUUUGCAAACAGCGGCAAGAAAGACUAUUUGCUGGGGAACCAUUAUUUGCGCAUGUCAAGCUCCUAAAAGAGAAAAAGAUACACGUGGUUCCUGAUGUUCUGUCACCUCAACUUUUAAUGAAUUGGCAAGAGCCAUGCAUUGUAUUUUGUCCUCACUGGACUCUGCGUCUGGGUCCUGUUGUUCAUCUGCUUCAACGUUGGAGAAGUGAUCCUAAAUCUUUACUUAUUCUUGAGGAUACUGUGAAUCCUGAGAUGACACUCUUACCUUUCCAGCCAGUUGCAAUGAAGGUUCUUCAAUGUAUGUCCCCCUCUGGAAUAGGGUUGCAGAAAGUUCAACCUUUGCUGAAGAUAUUGCAGCCAAAGACUGUUCUGUUCCCUGAAGAUUUGAGGUUGCACGUCAGAUUUCCAAGUGAAAAGUCUUUCUCAGUUUUGUAUUAUACUGAAGCUGAGACUUUAAAAGUGUCAUCUCAAAAAGACAAUUCAGAGUUAAAAAUUGCAGCUGAUUUGGCUUCCCAGUUUUAUUGGAAAAACUUCAAAAAUGAAGGAAUCAGUAUCGCAAGAUUAAAGGGGAAGCUAUUAAUGGAAAAUGGUAGAUAUCACUUGCUGAUGGAUGAUCAUGAUAGAAAUUCCUCAAGAAAUAUGCCUUUGGUACAUUGGAGUUUACCGGAUUCAGAAAAGCUUCUGGCUGCAUUAUCCAAAGUUAGCAUCAAUGUGGAAACUAUAAGUACAAAUCAAAGACAAGCUGCCAAGGAACAUGGUAUGGAUGGUGCACAAACUCUGUGUACGGUUCACACACUGGAACCAUACAAAGCCCUAAUAGAGAUCGGAACCGCCAGUACUAAUAUUACCACUGCUGAUCCGAACGUGGCUUCUGUAAUUUAUAAAGCUAUAGACAGCAUUUUGAAUGAGGUUUCUUAGCCCAAGUGAGCAUUACCGAUGCAGCCACGCUAGUAAAUAUAACUGUUUUUUUAAAGUCAUUUUGGGUGCUAGGAGGUUUAUACAUCAUAUGGCCUGAGGAUGUAUUUGUCUGUUAACUUAACCUGUUUGUGGAAAAGGAGUAGAAAAGUAAAUGUGCAAGCAAUUUUUACAUUUGA